AAAAAAACUAUAGAAACCCUUCAACCAACACAUAUAGCACAAUUUGAUGCGAUCACCCUAUAUAUCGUAAAGUUGAUCCUCAAGACGACACGAUAACAGGGUUUACAAAGCUUCUUGCACAACACAAAAGAUUUCCACUCAUCUCCUGAAGAUAAAUUUAUAAAAUCCAUCAUGGCAUUGGAGGAUGAAAUUUACCGUGACCCUCCUUCGACUUUUGAACAGAAUUAUCGCUGUUACCCUGUUUCUUUCAUCGAAAAGUCUCAUUUGGAGAAAGGUGAUAAAAUUAUAAUGCCUCCAUCUGCGCUUGAUCGCCUCGCCUAUUUGCAGAUCGAUUAUCCAAUGUUAUUCGAACUCAAAAAUCCUUCUGCUAGUAAGGUUUCACAUUGUGGUGUGCUAGAAUUUAUAGCAGAUGAGGGCUUGAUAUACGUUCCGUACUGGAUGAUGGAGAACAUGUUGUUACAAGAAGGAGAUAUCGUAAAUGUGAAGAAUGCGAGUUUAUCAAAGGGAACUUAUGUGAAACUUCAGCCGCACACUACGGAUUUUCUUGAUAUAUCGAACCCAAAAGCCAUAUUAGAGACAUCAUUAAGAAGCUACUCUUGUUUAACCACUGGUGACACAAUCAUGGUGGCAUAUAACAACAAAAAGUUCUAUAUCGACAUUGUUGAAACGAAACCGUCACCUGCAAUAAGCAUAAUCGAAACAGAUUGUGAAGUUGACUUUGCACCACCGCUUGACUAUAAAGAACCUGAAAGACCUUUGAAAUCUAAAGUGCCUCCAGAAGUUGAAGAAGAACCACCUACGAAAGUUCCAAAGUUUAACCCAUUCAGCGGUUCGGCUAGACGGUUAGAUGGGAAACCGGCUGAGACUGUGGCGGCUCCGCUGGUUCAACCGCAGAAGACCGAGGCCACAACCAGUGGUACUAACGGCUCCAUGCCGUCAAGCUCUGGUUCAAGAAAACGUUCUGGGAAGCUUGUUUUUGGGUCAACUGCAGAUCAAAAUUCAAAUGGAACACCGAAAGCCACCAUGAAAGAAGCGAAACAAGAUUCAUCUAAGAAGGAAGAAGCUAAGAAGGAAGAACCGAAAUUUCAAGCAUUUACAGGCAAGAAGUACUCUCUGAAAAACUAAUUAGGUGACGGGUUUUAUAAUGUAUGUUCAUGUUCCAAAUUUACUUACUGUGCAUUCCCAGUAAUCUCCUUUUGAAACCCAUGUAGCCAACAUGGGGUUUUGCUUGUGGUUUAUACCUGGAUACAGAAUCCAAGGGUUUUUGUGUCGUUUCAAAGGCUAUUGACGCCGUUUGGUAUUAUUUAUUGGAAUGUCCUUUUUAUUUCGGGUU